UUUGCCACUUUCAACAGAAGCAUAGGCAGUAUUCGCUCUGCGACGAGAUAUGUUGCAAAUAUGAUAACACUUAUAUUUGAUCAAAUAAAUGGUUCCCAACUCUGUUCUUUUGAUCGUGAUUAUCGAAUGGAUUGCGUUAGCAUUGAUGAGAUUGACAAAAUAGAUCGACUGGCCGACAAUAACCCGGAAAAUGAUAAACAAGUGAAUGGAUAUUUCAAGGUCGCCAUGUUUAAUGAUCCGAACAAAAAAGAAAUUGUUGGUAAUGGUAAGGAUGUAACUGCACAAGCUCGAUUUAUGGACGAUGAAAUGCUACAAAUCAUGGCCAAAAUGUUGAACUUCACUCCGGUUUAUUUAAACAAUUCUAACGAUUACGGCUAUCUGCUUCCGAACGGAACCCUAGUGGGGACACUUGGCGAAAUCGAACAUGGACGGGCGGAUUUGGCGAAUUCCAGAGUAAUAAGUGAUAUAGACGGAGCUAGCAACGUAGAAUUUUUGUUCCCCUUGACUUUCGUUCGUUUCAAGUUUGUUGUUCCUAAGAACUACUAUCGUAAUCCCAAACGCGAAAUCAACGUCGCCGUAUUACCACAGGAAUUCGUGCCAUUCUAUUUGAGUGUUAUAUUUUGGUUCCCCGUAGGCUAUAAAUUAAUGGAGCAUUAUCAUUCGAAAUGGUUACCUUCGCAGCAAACAGCGAAAAUUUCUUGGGUUGGUGCCCUCACUUUAACAUUUGCUGCAAUGACUAAUAGAUCCAUCAAAAUUUUGGACAUAUCAUCACAGCGAGUCUAUUGGAUGAGUCUAAUUUGGUUCCAAUUAAUCGUUUACAGCGUGUUCCAGGGAAGGAUGAUCGAAGAAGUCAGUAGCGCGAAGUAUUCUCGCGAAAUUGAAACAAUAGAUGAUCUGAUGGAAACUCCACUGAAGCUGCUUCUCGAUGCGUCGAUGGUGAAUUAUUUCAAUUUCAGUGAAAGUGCGUUCAAGAAAUACAAUUUAAAUGACAGAAUCACGUACGUGGAGAAACAACCGGACGAGCUGAUGUCGAUGAUAAUAAAGAAUCGCUCAGUUGCAGUCCUUCUACCCGAACGAAUAAUUCGUCGCAUGCUGCCCGGGUAUUAUGAUCCGAAAAGCGGUGUAGACCUGCUUUACGUGAUUCCCGAAUCAACCUACGAAUUCUACGUUGCAAUGUACCUACCUGCCACUUCUCGAUUCAUAGAACCCCUGAACCAAAUUACAAUGCGGUGUGUGGAAAGUGGAAUUGUUAGUUUCCGUAUGAGUUACACCCUAUUUAGUGCGAACUUAGUUUACUUGAGACGUCUCCGUAUGGGCAAGUUCAACAUAGGUGACGAACGUGUUGCAAUGGUAGGAUGGAGCACUCUCGAACCAUUUUUUAUUUCAUCGAUUGUAAUGUUCUCUCUGGCUUGCAUUACAUUCGUUUUCGAGAUUCUCACUCAACAGAUGUUCAAAAAAAUAAAUCCAAAGAAAAACAUGUAACGUCAAGUUAAGUUAUGUUUGACACA